UGCUCACCAACAGCUAACGGUGUUAGCAAGCUGUCAAGCUGUCAAGUGGAGAGGCUGGGACAGACAUUUCAGCUUCCCCCUGGCUUGGCUUCAUAAAUCCCCACGAAAAGAAAAAAAGGCUAAUAUAUACUUGCGAUUACCUGCUGAGAUAAUGUAACGCAUCAAGGUCGUAACCAAAAGAGGAACCUUGCACCAUUUAUAUGCACUGGGUCUUGUGUGACGAUUGCUCUUUGCUAGUUGGCUAACACUUACCCGAAGCUAAAGCCCAGCAAAGCCCUACUUUUUUCGGUCUAAGUGACCCUUCCCGGUAACCUCAGGCUUUCGUCACUAUUGCGGUCAACCACUAUUUUGGACAUUCGGUUUCAGGAAGGACACAAUGGGGGCAUUUCUGGACAAACCAAAGAUGGAAAAAUACAAUUCCCAUGGCGAGGGUAACAGCCUGCGAUACGGGCUGAGCAGUAUGCAGGGCUGGCGGGUAGAGAUGGAAGAUGCCCACACAGCAGUAAUUGGCCUGCCUCACGGUCUUGACCUCUGGUCAUUUUUUGCUGUAUAUGAUGGGCAUGCUGGCUCUCAGGUGGCCAAAUACUGCUGUGAGCACCUGUUGGAGCACAUCACCAGCAACUCAGACUUCCAGAGUGCUCUGCAGGAGGAUCCCUCUGUGGAAAGUGUGAAGAACGGCAUCCGCACAGGGUUCCUCGAGAUCGACGAUCACAUGCGAACCAUCUUGGAGAAGAAGCACGGCGUGGACCGCAGUGGCUCCACCGCAGUGGGAGUGAUGGUUUCCCCCAGCCAUGUCUACUUUAUUAACUGUGGCGACUCACGGGGACUCCUGAGCAGGGGACGCUCUGUGCACUUCUUCACGCAGGAUCACAAACCCAGCAACCCUCUGGAGAAGGAAAGGAUCCUGAAUGCUGGUGGCUCAGUCAUGAUCCAGCGAGUUAACGGCUCCCUGGCGGUGUCUCGGGCCUUAGGAGAUUUUGACUACAAGUGUGUGCAUGGAAAAGGCCCCACAGAGCAGCUUGUUUCUCCUGAGCCUGAAGUUUAUGCAAUAGAAAGAUGUGAAGGGGAAGACGAAUUUAUUAUUCUAGCUUGUGAUGGCAUCUGGGAUGUCAUGGCCAAUGAAGAACUGUGUGACUUUGUCAGGUCAAGGCUAGAAGUCACAGAUGAUCUUGAAAGAGUCAGCAAUGAAAUUGUUGACACCUGCUUGUACAAGGGAAGUCGGGACAAUAUGAGUGUUGUUUUAAUCUGUUUUCCGGGAGCUCCAAAGGUAUCUCCAGAAGCAGUUAAACGGGAGGCCGAGCUCGAUAAGUAUCUGGAGUCAAGAGUAGAAGACAUCCUCAAGAAGCAGGGGGAUGAAGGAGUACCAGACUUGGUCCACGUUAUGAGGACGUUAACAUCAGAGAGCAUCCCUAACCUUCCUCCUGGAGGAGAGCUGGCAAGCAAACGAAGUUUUAUUGAAGCGGUGUACAACAAACUCAACCCCUAUCGAAGCGAUGACACAUAUCAUUGUGAACCACAACAAGGCAGCUGGUUCUGGAGAAGAUUUAAAACGGACUACACUACAGAACAGCUAAAGGUUGUGACUAGCUAUUGAAGGCAGUGAACCAUUGAUUUUGCAUUAAGUGCAGCAAAAACUGAAUCAUUAAAGAGCAGAAUUUUGAGUAUAUAUUACAGAUGUUAAUGUAGUACUGUACUACAAAUUGCUGUAAGUGAUAAUGUUCCACUCCAGUUCGGUAUGUGGCAGUAACAGGAGGUUGAACUGCCAAACCACUGAGGAAGAAAGUGUCAGAAUCAAGCAUUUUCACAAUAGCAUAUUUCUGAUCUACGCCAAACUACAGUGGAACCUCUUGAGUCAAACACAAUCCCUUCCGACGUGCAGUUUGUUCAUAUCUUUAAAAUAAAUUCCAGUGCCAUCAUAAAACAUUAACUGUACAGGCAGGUUUUAAGUAACUGAACUAUCAUACAAGUGUAAAAAUUAUCUGCUUUGUAAUAUAAUUCAUAAUAAAAUAUUGUCACGCAGACCUGCCAAUAUAAAUGCACUUUUUGUACUGUAUUCAACAUGCAUUUUGAACCCUGAAUAUGCUUCCCUGCUCUCCAGUUAUGGAUUUUUACUGACCAGGGGUCUCAUCUAUAAAGCUCGCGUACGCACAAAACAGGGCAGAAAAGUUCCGUACGCUGUUUUUCACACAAAGUAUGUGAUCUAUAAAAACGUGACGCACCAGUAUGCCGCCCUUGUAGCUGACGUGCGCAUUUUUUGGCAACAUGGCAAAUAGGCAACGCACAUAAAGUGGCGAAGUGAGGUUAUAUGUCAUCAAUACAACAUUUAUCUGUCUUACCACUCCCUUUAUUUGUGUGGAUAGUGUCAGGGCUAACUUACUCCUAUUAGUUUCCUUUUCCACAAAUGAUGGGCUUUUGUUUUGUUGUGCAUUCAACUAAUACACAAAAUUAGUUCCUCAUAAAAUAAUUAAAAUACUCCUAAUAUUUGAUGGGGUUAAUGUCCUCAUAAUGAUAAAUAUUUUUUAAAUAUCCGUCUGGAAUUAAAGCAAUUCAUUUUUGACUUACUUCCAUCCCUAUUUUCACUCUUUUCAUCUACUUUUAAAUAAAGCUGAUUUCACUAAGCUCAUAUUCAUCUAAAAUGUGGCAUCAAUUAGAGAUAAAAUGUAGAAACAUGCUCACUAGAAGUAAUGGUAAUGGUUUCAUUCAUUUUGAACAUACAUACAAGUUACACUGGAGUACAUCACAUAGUACAAUUCACAGUUUAAUAUGUCCAAAAAGGAGUAAUAAGAAGCAAAGCUUAUUUAAUCCUAACCCUCAUCCAUUUCACAAAAAUAGAUAUGUGCCUUUAUAUCGGACCACAUUCUUUCUAGUUUUGCCGUGGUUCUCCCUGCUCCAUUCACAGCGAUGUCAACAUACUUUUAUACCUUUAUUCAUUAUGCCAUUGCUGUCUUCCAAAUAUGAUACUUUUUGCAGUAUUUUCACCUCCAUUUCCGUGAAAGUCCACUUCUUCAUCCUCCUCUUCCCACCAGCCGUGAUUCCGAAUGACAGCAGCCAUCAUAACAAUGCAAUCAAGGCUCUUUAAAUAUGGACACCAUAUUCUUGAGUCACUUUGCAUUGACCUAUUGUGAAGUGGAGAGGUGUGGCAAGGGCGUAACUUGUUAUGAGUUAUGUAUGCACACUUCUCCUCAAGGUGGACUCUGUAAACCACAAAUUGCGUGAAUGUGUGCGUAUGCCACUUUUUAUAGGUCUGAAUAUUUUACACUUUGUCAGAUUUCCAAGCACAUUGUUAUAGAUGAGGCCCCAGGUAUUUGAAACCUCCUGUGUCGAGACACCAGCGUACGUUACACGGGCUCACUCGUCCCCCUGCAAACGCUCUUGUGUAGCAUGACAUGUACCUCCUUGGUCGGCUUGUAGAAAAUUAUGUCUUGUGUAUAUAUAUGACUUGUUCAGAGAGCGUACAGCCCACCUUCGUAAAUGCCUUUUCUGAUUUAGGGUCAACAUUUUCAAUAAAAAUGACUGUUGUAAUGCAUCAGUUAGUUCCAGCUGCAAUAACAACUCCCCUUUUUUCUUCAAAAGAAGAAGGAAGCUAACAAGCUGAAUAGUCGAGAGUUGUGGUUGCUAACAUUAUUGGCACCACGUCACACUCUCAACCCUGAGCUAUAAAGAGCUAUAAAACAGGGGUGUCCAAAGUGCGGCCCGUGGCUCGUUUAUUGGGGUAUUUCUUCAAGGUUGGCAGGUCUGCAGUGCUUUCAGCAAUCUCCUUAAAUGUUGUAUCAUGCUUGAUGUAUGCCAAUAAUUUGACCUUUUUGAAACAGAAACAUUUUUUUCAGAACCACAGUAUGUCUUUUGAUGUGGUUGUUUAACAAAUGAGAAGUAACUCGCUACAUUGAUCUCUGACUUGUGUGACACAUAUAAUACUUGCACGACAGUGACAGCCCGGGAGAAGUCAGUUUCGGGUGUUCUCGCACUAGUCCCGCUUAGCAUUGCGAUGCUCUUUCCCAAAAAUGUUGGUCAAUUUCUAAAUUGGACUAAUAAUUAGGAGGAUCCACUGUAUUUUCAUUUCUUCCUUGUCCUGUGACAUACCUUUCCUUCACUUUCCAGUCAUUCAAGUAGUUUUUGAGUAACGUUGGUAACACAGAAACGUUGCACAGCUUAUAAAAGUUGUUGCUAUAAGGCAGAGGUGUCCAAAGUGCAGUCUCCUUUUUUAUUAGCCCGAAGCACAUUGUAGAAAUAUAAAUUGAUUCAUUAAAAAAAAAAAAAACGGCAAUCUGAAAAUAAUGGAGCAAAAGGGCACAAUAUAAAGAGGAAAAAUAAAAAAUAGCACAGUGACCCCUCCACACAGUUUGAUUUUUCAGUAUGCGACCUUCAGUGGGGAAAGUUAGGACAUCCCUGCUGUAAGUUAAGGGCUGAUUUCUUGUUUUAUUGUUUAAAUGCACUUUAAAUAUAAAUGAAUAAAUAGAAGGUGAAGUCUUCCAGGUGCUCCAUAUCGACAAUGUUUCUGCUGCCCUUCAACGUUUUAUCUCAACUUGAGACAUGACCCCAAGCUGUAGUCGAUAAAUACAAGUAUUCAUCAACAAAGAUGGAUUUUAUUUAAAUAUGCUGUAGAAUAAUGACAAAAACAAUGCUGACAGUGAGUGAGCUCUGAAUGGAAUUGGAGGCAUCGUCUGAAGGGUUUUGUCCUUCC